AUGUCGAGCACUAAAUCACAAACGAGUGGACGACAUGAUCUUGACGACCGAGCGCUGGGUGAUUAUCUUCUAAAUACAAAUGCGAUCCCGGGGCUAAAGCUGCCUCUUUUGUCAACAAAGAUUGGUUAUGGACAGAGCAAUCCUACAUAUUUCGUCGAUGACGCAGCGGGACUACGAUUCGUGCUGAGGAAGAAGCCCUCAGGGCAAAUCAUAAGCCCGGUAGCACAUCAGGUCGAUCGAGAAUUCCGAGUCCUGAAAGCUCUGGGUUCUGUGGAAGGAUUUCCUGUCCCCAAGGUCUUCGCACUGUGUAUGGAUAGUUCUGUAAUCGGGACUGCUUUCUAUGUUAUGGAAUUUGUCAAAGGUCGGAUAAUCACAGACCCAGACUUGGGCGACCUUUCACCAUCUGAGAGACGCCAGGCUUGGUUUUCCCUCAUCGAGACCCUUGCCUGGCUCCAUUCUAUAGAUCCAGAUGCUGUUGGACUUGAGGGAUAUGGUAAAAAGACCGACUUCUACGCCAGACAUUGCAACACAUUCAGCCGCAUCGAAGCUCAGCAAGCAAAGGUUAAAGAUGUAAAGACGGGUCAAGAACUAGGAAGGGCCCAUGAGCACUACGAUGAAAUUAUGGGAUACGUGAGAAGUAAUCUACCGGGUAACCGCUACGCGAUUGUGCAUGGAGACUUCAAAUUCGACAAUGUUGUCCUCCACCCAACAGAACCACGUGUUAUAGCGAUCCUCGAUUGGGAGCUAUCGACAAUUGGCCAUCCGCUAAUGGACACGGUGUAUGUUGUCAGCCCAUUCUGGAAUCAGGACACGAAGCUUGGGCAUCCCUCCGCUGCAUCUCAAAAGUCUCCUUACUUGUCGGAGAAUAGGGCGUCUAGCGGAAUGCCAGACCCAGACGAAUUGCUGGACCGUUAUGCUAGUAUAAUAGGCUUUGAUCUUCGAAAAGACGGUGGUGGAAAGGACUGGGAUGUUGCAAAGAUAUUUCAUCAUGUCCGGGGAGGGACUAUUACUCACGGGAUCCAAGCACGAACAAUAAGUGGGCAGGCAAGCAGCGAGUUUAGCCAUAUCUACUUCGAAAACACUAGGAAGAGUCUGGAUGCGGCAUUUGCCAAAGUCAAGGCGCUGACGCAUUUGAAAACUGGCAAAUCGAAACUCUGA